AUGUCAAAUGAUUCUUAUACUAAGACACUAAAUGAAAGCCUAAAGGUAUCAUUAACAUAUGAAAAAUCUAUUGAUCAAUUUCAAAAUUGUUUACUUACUUUUCAAAAUACUUCAACAAGAAAUAUAAUUGUUAACCCUACGAAAGAAUCAGAAUCUAGUUGGUUCAAUAUAUUUGGUUCAAAAGCUGAAGAAUCAUUAUCAAAGUUACAUAUACAAGAUGAUGAUCAACUGUUAAAGUUAUUUCUCGGGAAAAUUCAGUUAUUUGGUUAUAUUGUGUUAAAUUAUAGUUUCAAUACCGAUACGUCUUCAUUAGAAUUAACUAAACAGUCUCAAUGGUGGAAUAAUCAUGAAUAUUUGACUCAAUAUUUUCAUAAAGAUGAUCCAGAUAAAGAUGAGUCAGAUAACCAAUGGAAAAUGGAUCUAGUUAAAUUUAUAGACGAAAAUCAAGAAAACAAAUUAAUCAUAAAUGGUAAAUUGGGUGGUGUCAAUGAGUUGAUAAUCGAUAAUAAUGAACAAAAAACAACUAAUAAUGUCUAUUUAUUAAAUGAUUUAAUAAGUAAUUUCAAUUCCAAAUCAAAGCCAAAAACUGAAGUUGAAGUUUCAUUACAAGAUGUUAUUGAUUCAAUUUUACCGAUUUAUACAACACCACAAUGCUUAUUAUUUACAGAUUUGAUAAUACCGAAGAAUUCUCAAAGACAAUUUAAAUUCAAGUUUCCAAUUAAUAACAAGCUACCACCUAGUUAUAAUACAAGACUGACUGGAUCAGCAUGUGAUCAAGGGUGGAUAAGUAUUAGAUAUUCACUAAUUAUAAGUCUUAUUGAAGAUAAAGUCACCAAUCAAUCUAAAUCAAUUUAUUUCCCAUACAAUGUUAUACCCAAAAGAUACGGUGUUCAUAAAUAUUAUCAAAGGAAUUUUUUAACAGAGCCAAUUGCUUUGGAUAAACAUUGGAAGAUAGAAGAAAAUGAAGGUAUCAAUGGUGUAGCAAGUGACAUCGAUCCAGAUUCAAAUAAAGAAGCGUUCUUACAAGAUUUAUCAACAUUGAUUGAAUCCGAUUUAUAUAAUAUGCCGAAAAUUUCAACUAAUGAACGAAGAAAAAGUAGUGUUAAGAAUGGAUUUGAUGAAGAAUUUGAUCAACAACUAUACAAAUCACAACUACCACAACAUUUAAAGACUCAAUAUCAAUUACGUGUAAAUAAUCACGAAUUAUGUAUAAUUGCAAUAUCAAAACCUUAUUUUCAUUUAGGUGAAGAUAUAAAUUUUAUCAUUGACAUAAAUUCAUUAAAUAGAGUUUCAACAAAAAAUGUUGGGAUUAUAAGUUAUAUUGAAGCAUAUGAAAUAUAUCAUUUAAACAAUGACUCACAAUAUAUAAAUCCUUAUAAAGUUACAAGUAAUAUCAAAAUCAAUUCAUUUUCAUCAUCAAUUUUAAAUAAAGAAAAAGUAUUAAUAAAUGAUUAUAUCAACAUACCCAAAUUUUUAUCAUCACAAUUUCAAAGUGAAAAUUUAAUGGAUUUAAAAUAUUUCCUAAUUUUUCAAUUUAAUUUAAUUGAAGAUCUAAAUGAAGAUGAAGAUUUGAAAAAUGACGUUACUGAAUUAAAUGAAGAGGAGAUACAAUUGAAUAAUGGUACUAAGGCUGAUGAUAAUUAUGACAAGGUUACAAAAUAUUUAGAAUCAAACAAUGUCAUUUAUAAAUUUGAUAAAGUUGGAUCUACCUAUAAAUUCAAAAUACCUUUAUAUAUAUUACCAUAG